AUGAGUUCUAGCAUUCAGUCAGCAACACUAGAAAAAAGACUUCAUUCUUCAAUGGAAACCAUGCCGGAUUUUUUAAAAAAGUAUUGGAACCAACGCGCCAUUUUAUUUACUAAAUAUAAGGAAGGCAUUCUUAUGGAUGAAGAAGGUUGGUAUUCGGUAACACCAGAAGACAUUGCUAUUCAUAUCGCGGAACGUUGUCGUUGUGACGUAAUUAUUGAUGCAUUCUGUGGUGUUGGUGGAAAUGCUAUACAGUUUGCUUUUACAUGCCAUAAAGUGAUAGCAAUUGAUAUAGAUGAGACAAGACUGAUGUGUGCCAAACAUAAUGCUAUGAUAUAUGGCGUUGCUGAUCGGAUUGAAUUUAUUUUGGGUGAUUACUUGGAGCUUAUUCCUAGAUUAAAGGCUGAUGUCGUGUUUCUGAGCCCUCCUUGGGGAGGUCCAGAUUAUUUAUCUUCUAAAACUUUUGAUAUAAAAACUAUGAUUACAUUGGAUGGUGAAAAGUUAUAUCGUGAAUCAUUAAAAAUUACAAACAAUAUCGCUUACUAUCUUCCUCGUAAUGUAAAUAUCCAACAGAUUACUAAUCUUGCAGGUAGAGGAAACACGUGUGAAAUACAAGAAGUAUACGUUAAUGGAAAAUUGAAAACAAUAGUUGUUUAUUAUGGCGAACUAGUAAACGAGGAUUUCGGUGAAAAUGAAGUUUAA